AUGGCUGUUGGUAAGAACAAGAGACUAUCCAAGGGUAAGAAGGGUUUGAAGAAGAAGGUCGUCGACCCAUUCACCAGAAAGGAAUGGUACGACAUCAAGGCCCCUUCCACCUUCGAAAACAGAAACGUUGGUAAGACUUUGGUCAACAAGUCUACUGGUUUGAAGAACGCUUCUGACUACUUGAAGGGCAGAGUUGUGGAAGUGUGUCUAGCUGACCUACAAGGUUCUGAAGACCACUCUUUCAGAAAGGUCAAGUUGAGAGUCGACGAAGUCCAAGGCAAGAACUUGUUGACCAACUUCCACGGUCUAGACUUCACCGCCGACAAGUACAGAUCCAUGGUUAGAAAAUGGCAAACUUUGAUCGAGGCCAACGUCACCGUCAAGACCGCUGACGACUACGUCUUGAGAGUGUUUGCCAUUGCCUUCACCAGAAGACAACAAAACCAGGUCAAGAAGGCUUGUUACGCUCAAUCCUCUCACAUCAGAGCCAUCAGAAAGGUUAUCUCCGAGAUCUUGACCAGAGAGGUUCAAAACUCCACUUUGGCCCAAUUGACCUCCAAGUUGAUCCCAGAAGUCAUCAACAAGGAAAUCGAAAACGCCACCAAGGACAUUUUCCCAUUGCAAAACGUCCACAUCAGAAAGGUGAAGUUGUUGAAACAACCAAAGUUCGACUUGGGUGCUUUGAUGACCUUGCACGGUGAAGCUUCCGGUGAAGAAAAGGGUAAGAAGGUUGCUUCUGGUUUCAAGGACGAAAUCUUGGAAACUGUGUAA